AAAAAAUAUAUCAAAACCGCCAAAAUAGAAGAAGAAGAAGAAGAAAAGCCCUUUCCCCCCAAAUCAGAAGAUUUUACUUCAUUUUUGUUCAAACUCAACAUUAGCGGUGUUUUGAUGAUUUCUGAGCAAAUUGAAGAAUUUCUACUUCAAUGGGAGCGUUAACGAGCAACAGGAAGCGAGGUAAUGACUUCUUCUCUUCGAAUUGCAAAACCCCACUUUCAAAUUUGUCCAAAAAGCUCAAACUUUCAGCCCUAAAUCCACCAUUAUCAAGUAAAUCAACUGUACAAAGGUUUUUCAAGUACCCAGAUCCGAUAAACCCAAUUCGAAGAGAAGUUCAUGCUCCUUGUAGGAAAUUGAGAUUUGGGUCUAAGCAAACGAAGUCGAACACUGUGAAUUAUAAGGGUGUUUCGGAAUAUUCAGGUUCUGAAAUGGGUAAUUGUCUAUCGAGAAAGCAUGAAGAAACUAAAAGAAGUGAUUUUGAUGGUUUGAGGAAAGAUAUUGAAGUGAUAGAUAUUGAUGGUGAUGAUGCUAAAGAGGGGGUUUCUGAGGAUUCGAGUAUUGAGGAAGUGGAAGCUUGGGGUUGUAAAAAAAGUGAUUUAGAUAUUGCUGCUGCUGCUGCUAAUGGUUUGGAGGAUUCGAGUAUCGAGGAAUCAGAAAGAUGGGGUUGUGAAAAAAGUGAUCUUUUGGGCCAGGAGGUUGAUGAUGAUAUGAAGAUUUUGGAUGGUUAUGAUGGUAAGGAUUCAUCCGUGUUAACAACGGGUUUGGAUGAUGGAAAUUUGAAGGAAGAGAGUGUGGGAAAGAUGAUAGAAUCAUUAGCUAUGAACCCCACGCCGGAUUCCUACUUCUAUGUCCCUUUGUAUAAGAAACUUCUUGGUUCAGUGGAUAAAAUAAGUGAUAAGUUGAAAAGAUUACAGUUCCAGAUAGGAUUGAAUGAGAAGAGUCUCGAAACGAAUAGGUUGUUGCGGCCUCAAAAGAAAGAAGAACAGGUUAUAGAGGAUGCGAUUUCAGAACCAUUUGUGCCUCUAACUGAAGAGGAACAUGAUGAGGUUGCUUGUGCUCUAUCUAAAUCCAAUCGGAGAAAGGUUUUGGUAACCCAUAAAAGCUCCAAUAUUGAUAUUACUGGAGAAAUAUUGCAAUGUUUGAGACCUGGGGCAUGGUUGAAUGAUGAGGUUAUCAAUGUGUAUCUUGAACUGUUAAAGGAAAGAGAGAAAAGGGAGCCCCAGAAGUUCUUGAAAUGUCAUUUCUUCAACACAUUCUUUUACAAGAAGUUGAUAAGUGGCACGGGAGGCUAUAACUAUCAAUCUGUGAGAAGAUGGACAUCCCAAAGAAAGCUGGGUUACUCCCUCCUUGAAUGCGAUAAAAUAUUUGUCCCUAUCCACAAAGAAAUACAUUGGUGUUUAGCUGUUAUCAAUAAAAAGGAUCAGAAGUUCCAAUAUCUUGAUUCACUCAGAGGAAGGGAUAGUAAUGUGCUGAAAGUGCUGGCAAGUUACUUUGUUGAUGAGGUGAAGGACAAGAGUGGGAAACACAUUGAUGUUAGUUCAUGGAAGCAAGAGUUUGUUGAGGACCUUCCAGAGCAAAAGAAUGGGUACGACUGCGGUGUGUUUAUGAUAAAAAAUGCGGAUUUCUACAGCAGAGAUAUAGGACUUUGUUUUAAUCAGGGAGACAUGCCAUAUUUUAGGAUGAGGACUGCCAAGGAGCUCUUGAGGUUGAAAGCAGAUUAAACAAUCUUGAGCUAAGUAGCGUUGACUCUUCACUUUUGAUGCUACUGCACCCGUGUCGGAUUCUCCAAAAUACACUACUUUUGGAGAAUCCGACACACACCUGUUGCCAUUUUUGAAAAGUCCAAGCAACAAUGCAGUAUAUCCAGUUUCAACAAAGGAAUAGUUAUGUGGUUCAAUAGUUGGUCGGCGCGAAGCCAACUAUUUCGUGAAGAUCUUUAUAGUAUGAUUUUGUCAGUAUAUUAUAUAACUAGAAAAAUUUGAUUUUGUAAGUUUGAAUUUGGAACUGCUUCUUUAGUCUUUUCGAUCCCCGUAAAGCAUUCAAAUUUCACCCUGUUUGGAUGAAUUCUCGAGUUUUAAACAUGCGUGAUUCUUUCUCCUUUUGUAAUUAUUCUCUAUGGGUCUAUUAUUCGUUGCAAUAUUUGUGGAUUUCUACAUAUAAAUUCAUGUUCCGCCUGCUGCUGCGGUUUUACUUGGCCCCGUA